GUAAAGAUAAAAAGAAGAUGGUGUCGCAGCACGCAUAUAAGUUACAGCUCCUGUGCCGGGUAAGUCCACAACGGGCUCACCAUAGCCCGUGAUAUUUGCAACUUUUAGUUCCGAGUAGCUGAAAAAACAACAACAACAGCACGCAUGGGGGUUAGGAAGGACUCCCAAGGUGACCGCCACACUAUCCUGCAACUUAUGACACAUCCCUUCCCAUCCCUCUCUAGGUUGCGUGGAGGGUUGGUGGCUGAGUUGCAGUAUGGAGUAGGAUAGCGUGCAUGGGGGGUGGAUGGUGACUCAGUCGCACGAUGUUGGAGAGUGAGGGAUUAUUGCGUCACAUCGUUCAGGAAGGGAGGACGAUUUGGCCGUCACAACGUGCAUGGGGUGGAAUGAUUUGGCCAUGAGUGAACCCGAGAAGCAAGUUUUGGUUCCAUCCGAAAUUAACAAUACCAUGGAUGCGACAAAAGUGUUCUUCACCUCGCCUUUGGACAGUACCUUGCAGAGAAAGGCCUUACUUGAGAAAGUUCAUGAAUACCUAACUGAAGAAAAACAAAAUGUGGCAUGUGAAGUGAUUUACUUAGGUCAAGUUGAAUGGGAAUCUGUGGGCCAAGUUUCAAGUCUGACCUGCUUUGUCAUGUCCCUGUGCCGCAAAUUCAACCUCAUGUCGUCUGAACGGACCAUUCUCCUCUCCCUACAUGAUCAGUACCAAGCAAUUCAGCUGUGUUUGGCAAGGAUAAACAAAAAAAAACAUGGAGAAUUUAUGGCAGCUGCAAGUGAUGUUUUGGAUAUAUGGAAUGAGCUGUAUAGAACGGCUUUAAAUUCUAAUUUUGAUUCAAAUGAAGGAGACGAUGACAACGAUGAGAUACUACCAAGUGCCCGUCGUGCAAGUUAUGAUCCAGUUGUCAGAGAAAUGACUGAAAUCACCCAAGAUUACCGUGAAUUUAUGAAAGACUCGGGCUGCUUGGACCAUUUCAUUAUCUACAGCUGCUUGAAGAAAAACAUCAAACAGAACCAAGAGCUACUUAAGGACAUUUUUUCUAAGGUAUACAUUAUUGAAGGAGUGAAUCAGAUGCCAGUAAUGGAAAGAGAACUACUGAAGCUACUCCUGAAUGGGUCACAAAUAUUCAAGCUUUCAUCUGAAUUUCCUGUUGCACAUAAUUCAGUUGCUUCAGAUGACUUUAACAUAUCGGGCAUAUUUGAAAAUGAUGUCCCUUCUUCAGUGUUAGAAGAUGGAGAUACAAAAGUAAACGAGUUGCACGAUCAUUCACUCAAUGAAGCAAUGACAGUUGAAGUGGGCAUUAUUAAUAGUUCUUUAACUGAUUAUGUUAAUAACAUUUCCAAAAGCCCAUGCAAGACUCAUAUUAGCAGUGAUUCCAAGUUCUACAUAGAACAACUCAUAUUUGCACAUCUCCGGCUUUUAAUAAAUACACGUGAUGAGUUGGCGUUGACACUGGUGUGCAAUAUGCCAGGAAGGGAGAUCACACAGCAGGGCUUUACUGAUAUAAGACUAGAAGCUCAGAAGAAAAAUAUGCCCAUGUAUCAAACAGUGUUGUCAUUCAUCAUGCGUCAGAGGCUAGGAGGGAAGGGGUAUCAGGCGGACCGAAACAACCCAGUGUUACUCCAUGUUAAGCCUCUUGGAGAAGUCGUAGACUCCAUCAUGAAACUUCAGAAUAUUGUCGAGGAAGAACCAGACACUAAGAAAGGGGCAUUAAAAGUCAUGUCCACACUAAAAACAAAUUUGAUAAGAAUGCAGGGGUGUGUAUUUAAACGGUCUACUGUGGAAAAGGUGUGGAAUGGCCUCAACUCUGCACUUGUUUAUUUACUGAACGCAAUUGACGAAGCAAGUGAACCCAAAGUACAUCCGAACAAUAUCCAAACAACAGGUUCUCUUCGACCUUGCUUGAAGCAUUUAAUUCGCUUGUGUGAUGAAGCUGGCGGACAUGUCCACGAUGAAGGCAUUGUAGAUGCUCUUGGAGAGAACUUCCUCACGCAGUGCAGUAGUGCCAGAAAGUGUACCACACCAGUAAGGAUACCAACAGUCCUAUCACUCUUCAGAUCCCCUGCUGAAGGUGUGUGUGAAAAUAUGGAUGCGGCAGAUACAGGUGAAGACGACUCUUUACGAAUGCGACUUUUAAAGAAGUCCGGGUUUGGAGCCACUCCUGUUGCAUUGCCUGAAAGACAUCAUUCAGGAUGUGAAUGGGCUCCUGACAGCCUUUCCCCUGUGAGCAAAGGCACACCUUGUCAUGUUCCAACCUCCCCAAUCACCGGUCCCACACUCAAAGUUCUCGGCAUGAUGAGUAAAUCUAGCCAGCAUUGGAGAGAUAUUGUGGAAUCUGUUUCUCAGAGCCAGAGAGAGGAGACCGACAUUGCUGAAACUUCUUUGCCAAAGAACAAUAAAGGUGCCCCUGCAAGCAAAAAGUUCCAAAAUAAGAACACACUAGAAAAAAGCAGUAAAAGAUCUCUCUUAAGUGACAUAUCAAAUAUUUCUAAAGAGUCAAAAUGUAAAAAGCAGAAAUCUUCAUUUGAAAACAAACCAAAGAAGUGUGCAACUGUAAAGAAGGGAACUCUUCCUAAAGGACAAAAGCCAAUCACAUCAUUUUUUAAGAUGUAGUUUAUUCAUUAUGUGAAUGAAAUUUGGAGUAGCCUAUUGAUAAUACAGUACAUAUUUUUUGCUACAUGUGCAGGCUUCGAUAAAAGUGGAAAUAAACAGGUGAAAAACAUCUUCAGUAAAACCCACUCUCUUGUCUUUGCAUUUCUCUACUUAGCUGUCGCUUCCUUUGCUCUGUUCAAUCAUUUAACAUAAAUGUGUGAGCUGUUAAGAAGACAGGAGAGGAAAAAAAAAAGAUACAUAAAAAUAAGUGAAAUAAGGUUAAAGCAUUGACAAACAGUAUUCAUGAGAUUUGUGAUGUGGAGUUUGACAGAAAUUUAGCUUGCCAUUAGAUAGUGCUGCAGUGUGAGGAGGAAGCCAAAGAAUAGAUAUAUCAGUGAAGAGAGUUCACUUUUCACAUAUCCCCCCUUCCUCACCCCUCUACUGCAGUUCUUCUAUGGAUAAUUGUAACACACACGCGUGCACACGCACGCACGCAAAUUCUAAGGAGCACUUGCCCUAUGAUGGUCAGUCGGCAGUAGUAAGGCUUGUGACUUGCGGAAACAAUAUAUAAUAACUGUAGAGGAGACAGUCUGUUCUAACAUGCAUUCUAAGACAUAUCAAAAUAAGAUGAGACAUCAAAAAUGAAAUGAGAUGAGACAUCAUAUGAUAUAUGCAGUACUUUGCUGGGUUCUCAGCCAUAUUGAUGUUAAUUUAAAUGUGUGGGGAUGUUGCUGCUAGGGAAGCUAUCUGCUCUUGUUCCAUCUCCUGUAAAGGUAUUCCUUAUUCCAACUUUUACCCGGUUAUUCAUUCCUCCAUCCUUGCCCAUUGGCAGGGCUGUUGGUCUUCUGUUGUUGGUAACAAACUGCGUACUCUUAAGUGUAGUGUUUCCCCGUGGCCUUCCUCCUACCACUAUAACCGGCGGUGGGAAACGGCUCUGGCGAGAUUGCGUCUAGGCCAUAAACGCUUAACUUAUGGUCACUUAAUGGAGCGCCACCCUGCUCCUUAGUGUCCAAAUUGCAUUGUCCCUCUUACA